GCCAUAUUUCCAAAAACUUUGAUAGGGUUUUAUAAAUUGGAAUUAUCUCAACAUAUAUUGAAUUUGUUUUGAGUUGGCAUCUUUGUUUGUUUCCCCUUCCCUCCAUCUUUUCGUUUAACAGAACACAGUCUCUCCACCGCAUGGAGGCAGCCGGAAGAGCUCCGUCGACUCACCCUUCCGUCGAAGAAGUCUUCCUAGAUUUCAAGGGCCGCAGAACUGCCAUUGUUAAGGCCCUCACCACUGAGUACAAAGACUUCUUUCAGCAAUGUGAUCCAGCGAAGGAUGAUCUUUGUCUUUAUGGAUUUCCUAACGAAGUCUGGCAAGUCGAUCUACCUGCUGAGGAGGUGCCUGCAGAGAUCCCAGAGCCAGUAUUAGGUAUUAACUUUGCCAGAGACGGGAUGGAAGAAAGGGACUGGGUAUCCUUUGUUGCUGCACACAGUGAUACAUGGUUAAUAGCUGUGGCUAUGUUUUUUGGUGCAAGAUUUGGGUUUGAUAAGGCUGAUAGGGGUCGUCUUUUUGAUAUGAUAAAUGAUCUUCCAACAGUAUUUGAGGUUGCUGUUGGGAAGGUCAAGAAAGAAGGAAAGAAAAAGCCACCAGUUUCUAAUCAUAGCAACAGCAAAUCUAAAUCAAACUCCAAGAGAGGUUCCGAAUCUCAAAGAAAGAAUUCAAAAGCAAUGGAAUCAAAGGAAGAAGAGCAGGGAGAGACAGCUUGUGGGGCAUGUGGAGAGAACGAUGCGGCUGGUGUUGAUGGAUUCUGGAUUUGCUGUGACAUUUGUGAAAGGUGGUUUCAUGGGAAAUGUGUGAAGAUUACCCGUGCUAAGGCUGACUUUAUCAAGCAUUACAAAUGUCCAACUUGCAGCAUCAAGAAGCUCGUCAAUUGUAGCUUCAAGUUAUAAUCUAUUUCAGAUUUAUAAUAUUACUUAUCUUUGGACAUAAAGCUUGCACCUGCACAAACAAAUACGCAUAUCAGUCUCUGCCAUAAAGGCAAAUUGUCGCUGGGAAAGUAUAUCUUUUUAGGGGCCCCAACGACACAUUCAGUGCAUGCAAUCUAUUGUACUCCUUUAAUUUUUCAAUUAUUAUUUGACUUUCUGUGGACUAAUAUAUUCACUUCUCA